CUCCUCCAAAUCGCCUUCAAAUCGCCUUCAAUAAAACAAAAAUGGCACAAAAAUUGUUGCUCGUUUUUAGCGCUCUGUUGGCCGUGUCCAGCGCUGUGCUGGUGCCCGGUCCUGGCCUGGCAUUGCCCGGAUAUCCUUCGCUGGGCGCGCCCGUCUAUCCCAAGCUGGCGGCGCCCGUUUAUCCCGGCCUGGCCAAGUUGGCCGUCGCCAAGGUGGCCGGACCCGAGCCAUACGAUCCGAAUCCACAGUACAGCUUCAGCUACGAUGUGCAUGAUAGCUCCACGGGCGACGUGAAGAACCAGCAGGAGUCGCGCAGCGGCGACGUUGUCCAGGGCUCCUACUCGCUGAUCGAGGCCGACGGCACCCGUCGCAUUGUGGAGUAUACCGCGGAUCCUGUGCACGGCUUCAAUGCCGUCGUCCAUCGCGAGGGCGUCGCCGUCAAGGCUGUCGCUCCCGUGGCCAAGGUUCUGGCACCGGCUCCGCUGUUGCAUGCCCCCGUUGUGGCCAAGCUGCCAGCCUAUGGCCCCGCCUAUGGCCCGGCUCUGGCUCCUGCCUAUCAUGCACCCGCCUAUGGACCAGCUCUGGCUCCGGCCUAUCAUGGUCCGGCUCUGGGACCCGCCUACUCGCCGCUGGGCUAUCACUAAGUCACGAUCAAAGGAACAACUGAAGACCACAAUGUUGACGACCUCUUGACCUCUUGACCGCAAAGCGCAAUUUCUCCUCCACGUGGCCAGCGGCGGGCUGCCGUCUGACCUAUCGUCGUAGUCGAUAGUUGUAGUAUUAGUUGAAAUGCAAGCGAUAUAUAUCGUUCUACUUAUGUACAUAUAUACGAAUUCACUCGGGCGGAUUCAAUUCCACCCGCUCUCAUCUACACUCACACAUUCGUUGCCUUUCAUAUGUAUGUUCUUCUUGUCUA